UCCGCCGGCCCGGCUCCCCGAGGCAAACCUGUCUCGGCCGGGCGGGGAGCAGAGCUUCCUCCUCUGAGCGCGGUGCGUCGUCGCCCGAUUUGUCCUUCCGCCCCUGCCACCGCGGCGCCGGGGCCCGCGAGGGGGCGAGCGGAAGGUGCGCUGGAGCCGAGGCCCGCGAUGCGGCCGGCGGGAGCCGCGGCCGUCGCGGGGUCGUCGGCGCGGGACGCGUCGCUGUGCGGGGAGCUGCUGCAGGCCCCGCCGCCCCCGGCCUCGCAGCCGCCUCCGGCCGCGCCCUCGGGCCCGCCGCUCCCCGCUCCGAGCGCGACCCUCAACCGUCUUCCGGAGCCGCUGCUGCGGAGGCUCAGCGGGAGCCUGGACCGAGCGCCCGAGGGCCGGGGCUGGAGGAGGCUGGCCGAGGUGGCGGGGAGUCGGGGGCGCCUCCGGCUCAGCUGUCUGGACUUGGAGCAGUGUUCUCUUAAGGUCUUGGAGCCUGAAGGAAGCCCAAGCCUAUGUUUACUGAAGCUAAUGGGUGAGAAAGGUUGUACGGUCACAGAACUGAGUGACUUCCUGCAGGCUAUGGAGCACACCGAAGUUCUUCUGCUUCUCAGCCCCCCAGGAAUAAAGAUCACCGUAAACCCAGAAUCAAAGGCAGUCUUGGCUGGACAGUUUGUGAAACUGUGUUGCCGGGCAACUGGACAUCCCUUUGUACAAUAUCAGUGGUUCAAAAUGAAUAAAGAGAUUCCGAACGGAAAUGCAUCCGAACUAAUUUUUAACACCGUGCACGUAAAAGAUGCAGGCUUUUACGUCUGUCGAGUUAAUAACAAUUUCACCUUUGAAUUCAGCCAGUGGUCACAGCUGGAUGUUUGUGAUGUCACAGAAGUAACAGGAAACCUCCAGGGGAGUUUGGAUGGCAUCUCUGAAUCCAAGUUGCAAAUCUGCGUUGAACCAAGGUCCCAAAAGCUGAUGCCUGGCAGCACGUUGCUUUUACAGUGCGUGGCUGUUGGAAGCCCUAUUCCUCACUACCAGUGGUUCAAAAAUGAGUCACCAUUAAUACAUGAGACAAAAAAACUAUACAUGGUGCCUUAUGUGGAUCUGGAACACCAAGGGACCUACUGGUGUCACGUAUAUAACGAUCGAGACAGUCAAGAUAGCAAGAAGGUAGAAGUCAUCAUAGGAAGAACAGAUGCAGUGGAGUGCACUGAAGAUGAAUUAAAUAAUCUCGGAUGCCCUGACCAUGAAGAGCAAACGGGUGAUCAGCCUUUGGCAAAGGACAAGGUUGCUCUUUUGAUAGGAAAUAUGAAUUACUGGGAACACCCCAAGCUCAAAGCUCCUUUGGUGGAUGUGUACGAGUUGACCAACUUGUUAAGACAGCUAGAUUUCAAAGUUGUUUCACUGUUGGAUCUCACUGAGUAUGAGAUGCGAAAUGCCGUGGAUGAAUUUUUACUCCUUUUAGACAAAGGAGUUUAUGGAUUAUUAUAUUAUGCAGGACAUGGUUACGAAAACUUUGGGAACAGCUUUAUGGUCCCUGUUGAUGCUCCAAAUCCAUAUAGAUCUGAAAACUGUCUCUGUGUACAAAAUAUACUGAAAUUGAUGCAAGAAAAGGAAACCGGACUCAACGUGUUCUUGUUGGACAUGUGUAGGAAAAGAAAUGACUAUGAUGACACCAUCCCGAUCUUGGAUGCACUAAAAGUCACCGCCAACAUUGUGUUUGGAUACGCCACGUGUCAAGGGGCAGAAGCUUUUGAAAUCCAGCAUUCUGGGUUGGCAAAUGGAAUUUUCAUGAAAUUUUUAAAAGAUAGAUUAUUAGAAGACAAGAAAAUUACUGUGUUACUGGAUGAAGUUGCAGAAGACAUGGGUAAGUGUCACCUUACCAAAGGCAAACAGGCUCUGGAGAUUCGGAGCAGCUUGUCUGAAAAGAGAGCACUUACUGACCCAAUACAGGGAACAGGAUAUUCUGCGGAAUCUCUGGUGCGGAAUCUGCAGUGGGCCAAGGCACACGAACUCCCAGAAAGUAUGUGCCUUAAAUUUCAGUGCGGUGUCCAGAUUCAGUUAGGGUUCGCCGCAGAGUUCUCCAACGUCAUGAUAAUCUACACAAGCAUAGUCCACAAGCCGCCCGACGUAGUAAUGUGCGAUGCCUAUGUCACAGAUUUUCCUCUCGACUUAGACAUUGAUCCAAAAGCUGCAAACAAAGGGACGCCUGAGGAAACUGGCAGCUAUUUGGUAUCAAAGGAUCUCCCCAAGCAGUGCCUCUAUACUCGGCUCAGUUCACUGCAAAAAUUAAAGGAACAUCUAAUCUUCACAGUGUGUGUGUCGUAUCAGUACUCAGGACUGGAAGAUACUGUAGAGGAGAAGCAGGAAGUGAACGUUGGGAAACCCCUCAUUGCCAAACUGGACAUUCACCGGGGUUUGGGAAGGAAGACUUGCUUCCAGACGUGUGUCAUGUGUAACGGCCCUUACCAGAGCCCUGCGUCCACCUCGACGGGGGCUGGACAGUAUCACUCGUCUCAAGACUCCUUCCACGCUCUUUACCAUUCGCAUCUUGGUAACUCAAGCAGCGUUUUGCCAUCAGAUAGUUGUCAUUGCAGCCGGACCGCGGAUGCAUUUAUCUCGAGUCCCCAUUCCCACCGCGACUCGUGUCGCUUUGGGAGAAGUAAUGUGCCAGUAGAGACAACAGAUGAGAUGCCGUUCAGUCUCUCUGACGGGCUCCGAAUUUCAGACAAGUGACCUCCUUGUGUUUGAAAGCAACCAUAAUGACUACACGCCUCCUGUGCUACGGGACCGACGGGAAGUGAGGUGUGACGAAAAAACAAAUACAUUUUUGUAGAGAGAGAGGAUUAAUAGUGGCUAUUUCAUGGCAAACCCAGGACCUUGAGAUGUUGGAAUUAUAUUAUUUAGCCACAGACUUCCUCUUCCUCUUCUUGUAAGAUUUGGUGAAUUGGUUGGCUUGUUCCGUAAGAAUGCAGUGUGGAUGUGCUUAGCACAAAAGUAUUUUCAUUUCGAGCACUCAGAAGUGACAACAGUGGGAAUGACAUUAUUGUUGAAGAAGUCCUUGUAUUUUUAGAAUGAGGAAAAAAAACCUUGGUGAUCACCAGGCUUAACCUCGUUUUAUCGGUGGGAGAAACAGAUUGUGGCAUCUUGUUGAAGUGAGGGCUGACACCAGAACUGAGAUCUCCAGAUUUCUAUUCCAGUGUUUAUUCCACUACAUACUGCCUUCCUGACAGGUUCUGAGACAGGUAUUAUUUUUGUAGAUAGAUUUAAAGAUAAUAUGUAAAUACACAUGUCUGUAUAUAAUCUAGUAAUGUGCAAACUUUAAUUUGUGAUUAUAUGACUUUACUACAAAUGUCUGUUAACAGGUUUGUAUCUAAAUCUUCUGUAAACGGGCUGAAAGUUCUUGUUCCUAAGGUCGUGAAAGCACGAGAGAUGAUGAAAUGUUUGUCUCUGUUAGAGCAAGACAGCAGGACAGUUCUACCACUGGAUAAUCCUGGCCAGCUGCUUAUCUGAAUCCUACAGACACUGGAUAUGUCUUCCUCGAUAACGUCAAUUUUCUUAGUGAAUUGUACUGGCCUUGAGAGAUCAUCUUACCACUGUUGGUUCUACCGAAAGCAAGUGAAAAAGACAACCGCCAAUAACAAAGAUACUGAAUUAGUAACUUUAAAACGUGCCACAAAGAAAAUACCACGCCCAGAUGGCUUCACUGCUGUAUUCUACCAAACAUUUAAAGAAUUAGCACCAAUCCUUUGCAAAUUCUCCCCAAAAAAUGGAAGUGAGAACACUUCCCAAGUCAUCUUAUGAGGCCAGUAUUCCCCUGAUACAAAACCAGUGAAGACAUCACAAGAAAACUACAGAUCAGUAUCUGUU